GCCCAACACGUGAGAACUUUGGAUGAUAUUCAGGCGAUUACGAUGAGCUCGUGCACAUCGCUCAUCGUUGGAACGUGAAGCCCCGUGCGCGCAAAUGGAAACACGUGUGGCGCCACGCUGGGGGAGAAAUUACGCACCGGUGCGCACUGCGCGUCUGCCUUGCGCCAGAGCGGGACGACGCCAAACUGUGACAGGGUUUUCGGUCAGCGACGACGCAGAGCAGGCCACGCCACGCAGAGUUUAACUAUCAUCUAAAACAGCACAUUUCCUCUUUGAUCUGAAUGCUCCGGUGGCUUGAAAUCGUGCGUUUUUCGUCUCGUGUGCCAUGUCGGAGGACAAUAAUCCCGCGGCGACGGACGCCGACGGUGAUGAGUGUCCCGGCGAAGAUUCCUUCGGCUUCGGAGACGACCUGGAGUUGAAUCGGUUCGACGGGCUGCCGUUUUCCUCGCGCUACUACAAGCUGCUGGAGGAGAGGAAGACCCUGCCCGUGUGGGAGGUCAGGUGCGAGUUCGAGGAUGCCCUGGUCAACAACCAGCUGGUGGUCGUGCGUGGGACGGCGAGGACUGGGAGGAGCACACAGAUCCCCCAGUGGUGUGCAGAGUUCUGCCUGUCGGCGCAGUAUCAGCAUGGAAUGGUUGUGUGCACACAGACCAACAGGCAGCAGGCCGUGGAUCUGGCCUUGCGCGUGGCCGAUGAAAUGGACGUCAACAUAGGCCACGAAGUGGGUUACACCAUCCCUCUGGACACCUGCUGCUCCUCCGACACUGUGCUGAGAUAUUGCACUGAUGACAUGCUGCUGAGAGAGAUGAUGUCGGACCCUUUUCUGGAGCACUACGGAGCCGUUGUAAUCGACCAGGCCCACGAGAGAACCGUAAGCACGGACAUACUGCUCGGCCUCCUCAAAGACAUCCUGCUGCAGAGGCCUGAGCUCAGGGUGGUGGUCCUCGCCGUCCCGCCCACGACUGACAAGCUGCUGCGCCACUACGGCAGCAUCCCGCUCAUCAGACUGGAGGCCUCGUGUGCCGCUGAGGUUGUCCACAGCAACAGCGACAACAAAGACUACUUCUACUCAGCGCUGCGACUGGUGCUGGAGAUCCACCGAGCCAAAGAGGAUGGAGACGCCGUCGUGUUCUUUGCCUCAGAGGAGGAGGUCCACUGUGCCCAAAGCAUCCUCCGGCGAGAGGGCACCAGGCUGGGAGCGGACUUGGGCGAGAUGGUGCCUGUGGUCCUCUGCCCAGGCCAGGGAGGGCUACUGCCUAUCUCGACCAAGCAACCAGGCUCCAAGACGUCCAGGAGAGUUUUCCUCUCUACCCAACGGGGGGAGGACAUGUGGUGGUCUUUAGAGUCUGUCAACUUUGUCAUUGACACGGGAGUCCAGAAAAAAAUGGUGUACAACCCAAGAAUAAGAGCAAACUCAGAGGUACUUCAACCCAUCAGUCAGUGUCAGGCAGACAUACGCAAGCAGCUGUCUGGGCCAACGGGUAAAUGUUUCUGCCUGUAUCCAGAGGAGAGCCAGCUUCCUGCAGAGAACGCCCCGCAGAUCCUGGAGUCCAACAUCACGCCAACAGUCCUCUUCCUAAAAAGGAUGGAGAUAGCUGGCCUUGGGCAGUGCGAUUUCAUCGACAGACCAGAUCCUGAGGGUCUCAUGCAGGCAUUGGAGGAGCUGGACUACCUCGCAGCUCUGGAUGACGAUGGCAACUUGUCCGAGAUCGGCAUCAUCAUGUCUGAAAUCCCUCUGGACCCUCAGAUGGCCAAAGCUCUGCUCGCAUCCUGCGAGUUCGACUGCGUGAGCGAGAUGCUGACAAUCGCAGCAAUGCUGUCUGCCCCAAGCUGCUUCCUGAAGCCACCUGCCAUUAUGACCCACGAGGCCGUGCAAUGUCACAGAAAGUUCCAGCACCCUGACGGCGAUCACUUCACCCUCGUCAACAUCUACAAUGCCUUCAAACAAAGCCAGAGAGAACAACAUAUCGGUGCAGAAAAGUGGUGCCAGGACUAUUUCCUGGAUCAUUCCGCCCUGAAGACAGCUGAGGCCAAGAGGUCAGAGUUGACCGACACUUUGAACAGGAUCGAGCUUCCCAUCUCUGACCCCACCUUUGGAACCAAGACCAACACCCUCAACAUCAAAAGGGCUCUCCUGGCUGGGUUCUUCAUGCAGAUCGCUCGGGACGUGGACGGAUCAGGGAACUACUUCAUUCUGACACACAAGCACAUGGCCCAGGUUCACCCGCUCUCCAGCUACGGGGCUCAGUCGCAGAAGCUCGGACUGCCCGAGUGGGUCGUGUUCCACGAGUACACUCUGUCAGAGAACAACUACAUGAGAACAGUGUCGGAAAUGUCCCCGCAAGUGUUCAUUCAAAUGGCACCACUGUACUUCUUCUACAAUCUGCCACCCAGCGAAAGCAAAGACAUACUGCAAGGCCUGUUGGACCCGGAAGGAUCCAGAAAAUGUAAAGACGAGAAACAAAAAGCUGCGGUAAUCAGCAGCGAGGCAGACGCGGGCUGUGCGGUGAUGACGCAGACCUACGACAGAUGCGUGAUUCAAUGAUCUUAAAACGUAUAAGUAAAAAAUGUGCUUUUUCACCAAAUGCAUUGUAAAAUAUUUAGUCAAUGCAAAACAGACUGUAAUAUUAAUGACAUUACUUGAAAGUUGUUUUGAUGGUCUCGUGUAUUCCAUCACAAACUGACCCGUUAAGGUGAAGUUGUCGUCUAGUGGGUUGAUGUUGUCAACAGUUAACGGAUCGUGGAUGGUUUUCUAGCAUCUGAAGACGAUUUUGUUUCAGUAUUUUCUCACCAUUUCCAUCUUUGUGCUCUCCAUCAACAAUGUCAGUCUGGAAACUCCAGUAUCCUGACAGCUGUUUGCAUUUUUAGACUUUAAAGGGCAGCAGAUGGAUGUUGCUGUAUUUUAAAGAGAGAGGGGCUAUGUCACAGCUCCUGUGCACGUAACCAGGAGUCUGCAGACACAAAGUGAUAUCCUGGCACUUUGAUGCAUGUACAAGCUGCUGGAGAAGUCAUGUCAGGUGCCUGCCCCCCCCC